AUGGUUAAUGCUCAUCAGUCCGAGUUUAAAUUGUGUCCUCUAAGAACAGAGACAGAUGAACAGGUACCUCGGCUCACUUUUGGAUUUUGGAGAAUCAACACAGAUGCUGCUAUAAAUAAUACAUCAAAGAGGCAUUGCCUUGGAGUGGUGGCCCGAGAUGAUGGUGACAACAUAAAAGAUGGAGUGAUUCAAGGAGCCAAGCUCCCGGUCUGUAUUAUUGAAUCAGCUUGUAAGAUUGUGGUGGAUAACAUUAAUUUUUCUUAUUGUAAUAGUUCUAUUCUUAGUAAUAUUACAAGUUGUAUGAAGAAUUCAUUGUUGUUCGGUAUAAUUUAUGCUCUAAAAGAGUGUAACAACUUAGGUCAUCUUGAGGCUGCUGCUUCAAUUUUUGACUCUCUAGGUCCGGGAUUGGAUGACCCUGAGAUCUCUUUUCUUGCUCAAGAAUUCACUGCUGAGGAAGUUCGGAAAGCUGUUUUCCAACUCUCUGGGGAUAAAGCAGUAGGUCUAGAUGGCCUCAAUGCUUAUUUCUAUCAGAAAAACUGGCUUAAAAAAGUUCUAGAUAAGAUCAUCUCUCCUUAUCAAAGUGCUUUUGUGUCGGGUCGUGUUAUUCAGGACAAUAUCCUUAUUGCGAAUGAGUUAGUGCAUGCAGUUAAUAAUAGGACCAUGGGUAAACGGGGAUGGGCUGCUUUAAAGUUAGACAUGGCCAAAGCCUUUGACCGGGUUGAAUGGGACUUUUUGAGACAUCUUAUGUUUCAUUUUAACUUCCCUGUUCCUUUUGUCUCUCUCAUUUUUAAGUGCUUGACUACUGCUUCAAUUUCUUUUUCUAUAAAUGGUCAAGUUCAUGGAUCUCUUAAGCCUUCCCGGGGUCUGAGGCAGGGUGACCCUCUUUCACCCUACCUUUUUAUCCUUUGUUCUGAAGGUCUUUCGGCUGUGUUACAGGAUUUUCAGAAUAGAAAUCUUUUAAGUGGCAUUGCUAUUUCUCGACAAGCACCAUCGAUUACUCAUUUGUUGUUUAUUGAUGAUAGUUUUUUGUUUUGCACUGCUAAUCGACAAUCCUGUGAAAACCUACAUCAUGCUCUUUCUCUUUAUUCAAAAGCUUCUGGUCAGAUGGUGAAUUUUGCUAAAUCUUCUAUACUUUUCUCCCCUAAUACGAGUCAAGAGAUUAGGAAUCUUUUUUUCCAAACUUUUCAACUCGAGGAUAGGGAGUUUAUCACCAAAUACUUAGGGCUUCCUCAGUGUCUAUCCCGUGUAAAAUACCCUGCUUUCACUUUCCUCAAGGAUAAGGUUGCCAACAUUAUCCAUUCUUGGAAUCACAAAUGGUUCUCUCGGGCGGGAAAAGAAACCUUGAUUAAGGCUGUUCUUCAAGCUAUUCCCUCUUAUGCCAUGGCUUGUUAUCGAAGCCCUACAAAAAUUUGUAAAGAAAUUGAGUCUCUGAUUUCUAAAUUUUGGUGGGGUUCCUCGGCUGAGUCACCUAAAGUUCAUUGGAAGAAUUGGUCGAGUGUGUGUCAGUCUAAAUUUGUUGGGGGUCUGGGUUUUCGGUCUUUCACUCAUUUCAAUCAGGCCAUGCUGGCUAAGCAAGCAUGGAGAAUCUUGCAACACCCUCACUCAUUGUUAAGUAAAGUCCUUAAAGCUCGAUAUUUUCCUAAUUCUUCCAUUCUGGAGGCAGUUCCUGGCCAUAGACCUUCUUUUUCUUGGAGAAGCAUUCUGUGGGGAUGUGCUUUGCUUAAACAGGGCCUUAUUUGGAAGGUGGGUAAUGGUUUGGAUAUUCGUACUCUUGAAGAUCAUUGGCUCCCUGGCAGUCGGUUUAAAAACUUUUCAUCGUCUAGCCCUCCCUCACCAUUUCUUUCUUUUUUUAUUUCCCCUUCUGGAAGCUGGGAUAGAGGUACAUUAAACAAUUUUUUUGACAAUGCUUUGGUGGAGGAUAUUUUACAGGUUCCUAUAUCAGGCCAUAAUUGCAAUGAUACUAUGAUUUGGGGGCCAGAAGCAACUGGGAUUUUCACAGUCAAAUCUGCUUACCACCUAUCUCUUCAAUCUCGUGAUAUGCCUACCUCUUCCUCUUUUAUUUCAAGCAAAUCUUUCUGGUCCAAAAUCUGGAAUUCUGUUGUGCCUCCAAAAGUUAAACAUCUUAUUUGGCGUGCUAUCUCUCAUUCUCUUCCUGUCGCUUCCUCUCUUUUUUUUCAGGCACAUUAUUCCUACUCCUGUUUGCCCAGUGUGCCAGAUGCAAUCGGAGACUGUUGA